GUUCUAGUUGCUUAAGUAAUGUGGUUUGUUUGAGUUAUUUUGAUUACUCUAAGUAUGAUUUAGUGCGUCAAGCUUUCGAUAAGAUGAGAAAGAGAGAUGUUGUUGCUUGGAAUACUAUGAUUUCUUGGCAAGUGUAGGCAGAAAGAUAUGUAGCCGCAGUUAGGCUAUUCAGGAUGAUGAUGAAAAUGGGGAUUAAGCCGAGUCCGGUUAAUUUUGCCAAUGUUUUUCCUGCGUUGAGUGUCAGAGAUCUUAAGAAUGCCAAUGUUCUUUAUGGGAUACUUGUUAAAAUGGGUAGUGAAUAUGUGAAUGAAUUGUUUGUAGUGAGUUCGAUGAUAUUCAUGUCCGCGGAGCUUGGAUGUGUUGAUUUUGCUAGGAAGGUUUUUGACCAUUGUUUGGAGAAGAAUACGGAAAUUUGGAACACUAUAAUUGGUGGAUUUGUAUAGAAUAAUUUUUUGGUUGAAGGUAUUGAUCUUUUUCUUCAAGCCGUGGAAACAGAACAGAUGGUUCUUGAUGGAGCUACCUUUCUAUCGUCUUUAACGGCUGUUUCGCAAUUGCAGUGUUCGGACUUGGCUCAAGAACCGCACGCCUUUGUAAUUAAGAAUCUAGCAGUAUUACCAGUGAUGACGCUGAAUGCAGUAAUUGUAACAUAUUCAGGUCAGUCUUUAAAAAAGGCAAUCUUUACCUAAUUAUUCAGGUCAGUCUCUUAACUUCAUGGUCUAUGGUAACAUAUUCAGAUUCUUUCUGGAAGAAUUUUGUUGCAGCUUGGAUUGGUCUGGUAUUAUUCAUGGUUCUCUUCAUAUCAUGAAACAUACUAGAAUUUGAUGACCUGCUAGCUCGAAUUAGUUUGAUUACAGUAGUCUAGUAUGAGAACAGAAAGAAAAGGCUCUAGGCUAUAUUAGACCAUGUUGCCAUCUGAACAAAAAGCUAUUCACAAGAGAAGCACCUAUCUUGAAUUUUCAGCAAGAGCUAUGCAAGCCACACAUUUAUUUAGUCCCCACUCAAAUAAAGACCACAAACUAAUUAUCUUCUAGUACCAUCCUGGCCAGCACAGUACCUCAUCAGUUAUCUUCAACAUUGCUUGAAAAAAAAAAAAAAAAACUGAAGCAAAACACAACGAAAUCUCUAAUACAUGAAGAAAUCAGAGCUAGUUUUUGUCCCUUCACCAGGUGUUGGUCACCUUGUACCGGCAGUUGAGAUUGCAAAACUCAUGGUCAAACGUGAUGACAGACUCUCCGUAACUGUUCUUGUCAUGAGACGCCCACCAUUAGACACCAAGAUAAACAGGUACAUUGAAUCAGUCUCUGUUUCAAUAUCUGAUCAUAUCCAAUUCGUUGACCUCCCUAAUGAUGAGAAAACGAGUUCUGGCAUCAACUUCCUUAGUUCAUUCAUCGAGAGCCAGAAACCACACGUUAAAAAUGCUGUCUUCAAGCUUGUUCAGUCUGAAUCAAGCUCCGAGUCACCUCAACUUGCUGGAUUUGUUGUUGGCAUGUUCUGUACAACAAUGAUAGACGUGGCAAACGAAUUCGGUGUUCCUUCAUAUGUUUUCUGUGCUUCAAGUGCCGCUGCUCUCAGUCUUAUGCUUUAUAUGCAGGCUCUAAAUGAUGAGAAGAAUGUGGACACCACCGAGUUUAAGGACUCAGAUGCUGAGUUCAUGUUACCAGGCAUCAUUAACCAGGUUCCUGCAAAGGUUUUGCCUUCUGUAGUGUUUAAUAAAGACUGGCAUCCUAUUUACUUCGGCAAUGCGAGAAGGUUUAAAGAAGCAGAAGGUAUUAUGGUUAAUACAUACGUGGAGCUUGAAUCCCAAGUAAUCAACGCCUUCUCCGAUGGUAAAACCCCUCCUUUGUAUCCUAUUGGUCCUAUUUUAAAUCUUAAAGGCGAUGGUCAUGAUGGGGGUUCAGCCGAGACCAAUAAAAAUAAGGACAUCAUGGAAUGGCUUGAUGAUCAACCUCCAUCAUCAGUGGUUUUCCUGUGCUUUGGGAGCAUGGGAAGCUUUAGUGAGAAACAAUUAAAAGAGAUUGCAAGUGCAUUGGAGCAUAGCGGGAAUAGGUUCUUGUGGUCCGUGCGCCAACCUCCACCAAAGGGUAAGAUGGGAUUCCCAGCUGAUUAUGCAAAUCCAGAGGAAGCUCUGCCCACAGGAUUCUUAGAUCGUACGGCUGGGAUUGGGAAGGUUAUUGGUUGGGCCCCUCAAGUGGCCAUUUUAGCUCAUCCAGCUAUCGGUGGGUUUGUAUCUCAUUGUGGUUGGAAUUCUAUACUAGAGAGCUUAUGGUUUGGUGUUCCAAUUGCUGCAUGGCCAUUGUUUUCAGAGCAACAACUAAAUGCCUUCGAGAUGAUGAUUGAAUUGGGAUUAGCAGCAGAGAUUAAAAUGGAUUAUAGGAAGGACUUUAGAGCUGAAAACGAAGUGAUUGUGAGUGCUGAUAUUAUAGAGAAAGGAAUAAUGUCUGUUAUGGAGCAGGAUAGCGAAGUCAGGAAGAAGGUGAAAGCCAUGAGUGAAAUGGGCAAGAAGGCUUUGCUGGAUGGUGGAUCUUCGCACUUAAUCCUCGGUCGUUUAAUUGAAGAUAUGAUGAACAAUUUGAAAUGAAGCAACAAAAACAGUUUGUAAAAAUACCCAACUUUAUAUUCAUUCCAAAAGAAGUGGAAGCUCAUGGCUUGCCAGAUUCUGUGAAAACUGGCCGGCUAAUUUGACCAAAAGUUGGAAUAUUUUUCGAGAGAGUCCAGUGACUUUUCUUUCUUUAAAAGCUACUGAAAAAAGGGCCCUUUGCUGGACUAAAUUAUUAUAGAAGAACUUUCUUGGUCAA